CGGGCUGAGUUUUGUUUUUGCACCCCUCUUUGAUUUCUUACGAAUGGCCCUAGUGGCCCAGCGCGGGGGAGCCAUCAGCCGUCAUCCUCGGAGGAGAAGAGAGGAAGCGUCCCGAGUUGGGGAUGGGGGUGACCACCGGGGGCCAGCGGGGAGGACCCCCCCCGCGCCCCAGAGUAGCGUGUGUCUGUGUGUCGCGCCGGCCGGACACUUGCAGGUAAGUCUGAGAUGUGGAGAAGUUAACACAGAUGUGGGAAGGCUAUCCUUAGAAGCGGCUGCUUGCGCGGUUGGCUGUGCCUGUCAGUGUCCCCACUCAGGCUGAUCUGGAAUUCGUCAUAUAGUCUCAGGGUGGCCUCAAACACAGCCUUCCUCCUACUUUGGCCUCCAGAGUGCUGGGAUUAAAGUAGCUCCAAAGAGCUGCUGGUUCAGAUUUUAGCUCUUGCCCAGUUGUGGAAAUAGUGAAGGAUGCUUAGACUACUAAACACUCAAAUUACCCUCCGGUUAAUCAUCUUUAGAAGACUGGAUUUCUGGAGAUCUAGUGUGCUCCACCUGUGUUGACUUGUAAAGCAUGAUCAUGCAAACUUACAAUCCCGGUGAUCACCUAUGAGCCGUUAGUUGCCUUGACUUGUAGCAUUUAAAGCUUCCUCAGGGACUCGACAAUGACAUCAGCAGUGCUGGACAGUGGAGGCUCUGUUUUGGAGUUUUCCAGCAGUGGAGUAGAAAAUCAAGAGGAAAGUGGAAGGGUUUCUGAAUACCCGGCAGUGAUCGUGGAGCCGGUGCCCAGCGCCCGCGUAGAGCAGGGCUACGCCGCGCAGGUUCUGGUUUACGAUGACGAGACGUUCCUGAUGCAAGAUGUGGCCGAAGAGCAGGAAGUGGAGACCGAGUGUGUGGAGCCAGUUGAAGCGUCAGUUCAGAGCAGUAAUGCCCACUGCGCAGAUAAGACCAUUGAAGCUGCUGAGGCCCUGCUUCACAUGGAGUCUCCUGCCUGCUUGAGGGGUUCAAGGAGUCCUGUGGAAGUGUUUGUUCCUCCUUGUGUGUCACCUCCAGAGCUGAUCCAUGCUGCCAUGAGGCCAGAUGUCAUUACAGAGACUGUAGUGGAGGUGUCAACUGAAGAGUCGGAACCAAUGGAUGCCUCUCCUAUUCCUACAUCACCAGAGAGCCACGAACCAAUGAAAAAGAAAAAAGUUGGCCGUAAACCAAAGACCCAGCAAUCACCAAUUUCCAAUGGGUCUCCUGAACUGGGAAUCAAGAAGAAACCCAGAGAAGGAAAAGGAAACACAACCUAUUUAUGGGAGUUUCUUUUAGAUCUACUACAGGAUAAAAAUACUUGUCCCAGGUAUAUUAAGUGGACUCAGAGAGAAAAGGGCAUAUUCAAGCUUGUGGAUUCUAAGGCUGUCUCCAAGCUUUGGGGAAAACACAAGAAUAAGCCGGACAUGAACUAUGAAACUAUGGGACGAGCUUUGAGAUACUACUACCAAAGGGGAAUUCUUGCCAAGGUGGAAGGACAGAGGCUUGUGUAUCAGUUCAAGGAUAUGCCCAAAAACAUAGUGGUCAUCGAUGAUGACAAAAGUGAGGCCUGCAAUGAAGACUUGUCACCAGCUACUGAUGACAAAUCAUUAGAACGAGUGUCACUGUCUGCAGAAAGUCUCCUGAAAGCAGCUUCUGUCCGUGCGGGGAAGAACUCCUCUCUGCACUGCUCCCGAGCAGAGAGGGGGGGUGCUCGAGUCGUGACUGUCACGUCCCCGGGCCACGAUGCUUCAUCCAAAUCUCCUACCCCCACGGCCUCUGUGUCAGCCUCAGCAGCUGCAAGGACAGUUCGUGUGGCAAUGCAAGUUCCUGUGGUAAUGACAUCAUUGGGUCAGAAGAUUUCAACUGUGGCAGUUCAGUCUGUCAAUGCAGGUACACCAUUAAUAACCAGCACUAGUCCAACAACAGCAACCUCUCCAAAGGUAGUCAUUCAGACAAUCCCUACGGUGGUGCCAGCCUCUGCCGAAAACGGAGACAAAAUUACCAUGCAGCCUGCCAAAAUUAUCACCAUCCCUGCCACACAGCUUGCACAGUGUCAACUGCAGACAAAGUCCAAUCUGAGCGGGUCAGGAAGCAUUAACAUUGUGGGAACCCCACUGGCUGUGAGAGCACUUACCCCUGUUUCAAUAGCCCACGGUACACCUGUCAUGAGACUAUCGGUGCCUGCCCAGCAGGCUUCUGGCCAGACUCCUCCUCGAGUGAUCAGUGCCGUCAUAAAAGGGCCCGAGGUUAAACCGGAAGCAGUGGCUAAAAAGCAGGAACAUGAUGUGAAAACUCUGCAGCUGGUGGAAGAGAAGCCGGCGGAUGGGAGUAAGACAGUCACCCACGUAGUGGUGGUCAGUGCCCCCUCUGCUAUCGCUCUUCCUGUGACUAUGAAAACUGAAGGACUAGUGACGUGUGAGAAAUAGAUAGCGGCUCCAGGGCGGACCCGAUGCUGACCACCAUGUGCAAGGGGAGUCACCAAGGGAAGUCGGAG